UGCGUGUUGAGAGGCUAGUUUUGCUGUAACCGAAAUUAUAUUAGAGAGAAGAGACAAAGAUUCAAACUGCUCAAAAACAUGGCAGUUAGCUUCUUCCUGGAUUUGUGGAACAAAUGGAACAUCCGAGGCUUCGUCGUACUGAGCCUCUCGCUUCAGAUCUGUCUCAUUCUAUUUGCACCCCUUAGAAAGAAAACAGCAAACCGCCCCAUCAUCUUCCUCUUGUGGUUGGCCUAUUUGAUGGCUGACUCGGUAGCUGCAUUUGCAGUCGGGCUCAUCUCUCACAACCAAGGCAAUUUACACGCUCGUGUAGCAGAAGUAGACGGAGCACUUCAGGCAUUCUGGGCCUCAUUUCUCUUGCUACAUCUUGGUGGUCCGGACACCAUCACUGCCUUUUCCCUCGAGGACAGUUCACUUUGGAAACGGCACCUGCUCAGUCUCAUCUUCCAAGUCGGUGCCGCCAUCUACGUCUUUGUGCGGAUAUUUCCAAGCGACAAGUCGCUGGUGAUCCCAACGAUCCUGGUGUUUCUAGCAGGGUUUAUAAAAAUUGCGGAGAGGACACUGGCACUCUAUCUCUCGAGCUUCCCAAAGCUCAGGGAAUCGAUGCUCUUAGACAACAAGCCAAGAAUGGCCGCAGACUCGUCGCAAUUGCUUGAAGAACUCAUUGUUCAUUCGGAUGGAUAUGGAUGUUCUGAUGAAGAAGGAGCAAAGCUUGCCGAGAGCAUCGUGGUGAAGCAUGCUUACUCAUUCUUUCAAAUCUUUAAGGUCUUCAUCGCAGAUCUCAUCUUCACAAAACAACAACGCGAAAUGAGCCGCAAAUAUUUUGCCAAAGUUUCCGCGGUGGAUGCGUUGAGGUUGAUAUUAGUCGAACUCGAUUUCAUUUACGAGGAGCUCCACACAAAAGCAUUGACAAUACGUCACAGGUGGAGCUACAUAUUCCGCAUCAUAGCCUUCACUAGUGUUGCGGUGGCUCUGGGUCUGUUCAAUCGCUUGAAGAAGUAUCGGCUCCUCGAACUUGAUGUGAAAAUUACUCAUAUCCUUCUUUUCGGAGGGAUUGUUCUUGAUGGGAUAGCUCUGUUCAUGCUCGUUUUCUCCGAUUGGACUGUUGCGAGAAUCAAGUACAACACCACAGGGUCAUCUAAACUAGAUUCAUUUCUCUACAAGUUGGUAUCCGCCACGGAUUACCUGAGGAAGCCUCGAUACGCCACAAGUGAAGUAUAUCCUAAGGCCAAUGUUACUUACGAGGUGUUCGAUACACCAUUAAUAUUUCGAAGGUGGUCAGAGUCCAUCUCUGCUUGCAACCUUUUUUCUGAGGCAUUGAAGGAGAGUCCAAGAAAGAUAUGUAAGUGCAAUCGGUUCCGAGGCAUCAUCGUUUUUAAAAAUAUCUGCAGUUUUCCAUUCCGAAUGGUUGACAAGAUCAUCUCUCGUUUCCAUCAAGCUGGUGAGACAAUUGCCAGAUGCUGUGGUAAAAGAUCGAUGAAUGCGGAGUACGUGUCCGAGAAUCUCUUUAUUAAGAAGCUCUGGAUCUUUAUCUUUAAUGAUGUGAAACGUAGAUCCGAGAAUGUGGAUGAUCCGGAAUGGGUGAGGCUGACAAUUAAGAAUCGUGGUAUUACGCAUCUGUGGGGGCUGGACAGUCCUAACGUACCGAAGGAGCACGUCAACAUGGCUAAUUUCCACAGUAUGAUUAUAUUGUGGCAUAUUGUUACUGAAAUCUGUUACAACACAGAGAAACCCACCGAAAGAAAUGAUGAAAGGGAAUUUAGCAAGAUCCUUUCUGACUAUAUGUUGUAUCUUUUACUUAAUCAGCCUAACGUGAUGUCCGGGGUGACGGUUGUGGGCAUUGCCCAAAAGAGAACAGUGGAGACGCUGCUCGAGCUACGCCGCCUCAUCAUCAGUGAUGCGCCCAAGGAUCUGGCAGAGAUAUGCAAAAAAUUGUACGAUGAAGCGGCCCCUCGAGGAAGGGUCGCACCGCGUCUUGCCAACCAAUCGGAAUCCCUGGUCAAGCUAGGGCUUUCUUUGGUCCACAGGAUGGAGGAACGUGUUGGGGAAGCGAAGUGGAAUAUCAUGAGCGGUCAGUGGGUCGAGAUGCUGCAACAUGCAGCGGUUAAUAUUAAAGGCGAGGCACACGUGCAGGUGCUGAGCAAAGGUGGAGAGCUUCUUGCCUUUGUUUGGCUGUUGAUGGCUCAUUUCGGUUGCUUCUACAGGGCUGAAUGGGGCAUGUAUUACGAAUUCUGGGAUGAGAUGAGUAAGCACAGGCCUGCGCGCGCAAUAUGA